UUUGUUUAUAUUCUUUGGUUAUGGGAAAAAAAGGUAUUUGGGAGAGUUGUGUGAGGAGGGGGAAGGUUGUACAUACAUGCAAAAUAACUGUAGUACACUCAGCUCUAAGUUUUAAAAAAAUCCCUACUCCCCUCAUGAGUGAGAAAGUUCUGAAGUUGUAGAUGGCAAAUUCUUGUAUAAAUAUUAAAUUUGCACAGACAUUCAGGUUAUGAUACCACUUCCGUUAAUAGUUUGCAAAUUUCAUCCACCGCGCCGUUUUAGAAUUAAUGCGCCUAAGUUUAACAUUUUUACGCCUAAGGUUAAAUGAAACGCGCACUAUUUAUGUACAGAAUAUUCAUCUGAAUGCUGCAGUUUGUCUUCCGUCAGAAGUUUAUUCCUGACACGUUUUCUGCUCGUUUAUAACCACUUGUGUUGGUUAUGGAUCUUGAAGGCUCUGACAGCUCACAGUCUGGAAAAAAUAAGCUGACAAACAGUGGCACGGAAAAUGACUCGUCAAAUAAGGAGAUAUCAGAUAAAGAUGUCAGAUCAAAGAGUGCGAAGAAAAGAAAUCGGAGGAAGAAAAAUUCCAUAAUUACUACAGACUCAGAAGCUGAUAAAAAGGCGUAUGACUCCGCUAUAGAAGAAGAAAUUCAGGCAGGAUGUAAUAUCUCUCUCCAGGAUAUUCGCAAAGCAAUGGAAGUGCUGUCUUUCCAACAAAAGCCAGCUAAAACUACUGAAGAAGCAUUACAAAAACAGUAUCAGUUUUGGAACACACAGCCAGUCCCAAAGAUGGAUGAAAAAAUUACUUGCAAUGAGCCAAUAGAACCAGAUAAAAGUAAAUCGGAAAUCCGUCAAGUUCCCUAUUCCCUUCCAGAUGGUUUUAAAUGGGAUACCCUGAAUCUGAAUGAACCAUUGGUCUUAAAAGAGCUGUAUAUGCUUCUUAAUGAAAACUAUGUAGAAGAUGAUGAUUCAAUGUUUAGAUUUGAUUAUCCUCCAGAAUUUUUGAAAUGGGCGCUACAACCUCCUGGGUGGAAAAGAGAGUGGCACUGUGGUGUCCGUGUAAUUAAGAGCAAUCGUUUAGUAGGUUUUAUAAGUGCAAUUCCUGCUAUGCUGAGGCUAUAUAAUGAACAGCGGAAAAUGGUUGAGAUAAACUUCCUAUGUGUACAUAAAAAGCUGAGAUCAAAAAGAGUUGCACCAGUUCUAAUUCGUGAAAUAACACGUCGUGUGAACCUGUGUGGAAUUUUUCAAGCUGUAUAUACUGCAGGUGUUGUUUUGCCCAAACCUGUUGGAACAUGCAGAUACUGGCAUCGUUCACUCAAUCCUAAAAAGCUCAUUGAAGUGAAAUUCUCACAUUUAAGUAGAAAUAUGACAAUGCAGAGAACACUGAAGCUUUACAAACUCCCAGAUACAACUAAAACACCAGGUUUCAGGAAAAUGACAGCUGCAGACUUACCACAAGCUCAUGUCUUAGUUAAUGAGUACCUAAAAAGAUUUGACCUGGCACCAGUUUUCUCAGAGGAAGAUUUUCGCCAUUGGUUUCUACCCCAGCCUGGCAUAAUUGACAGUUUCGUAGUGGAAGAAAACAAUAAAAUAACAGAUUUUGUUAGCUUUUACACACUGCCAUCUACAGUGAUGCAUCAUCCAUUGCACAAAACUUUGAAAGCUGCAUAUUCUUUUUACAAUGUUUCUACCAAGACUCCGUGGGUAGAGUUAAUGGGAGAUGCUCUGGUCUCAGCAAAGAAUGGAGGUUUUGAUGUCUUCAAUGCCCUAAAUUUAAUGGAAAACAAGGAAUUCCUGGAAGCUCUGAAGUUUGGAAUUGGGGAUGGAAACCUACAAUAUUAUUUGUACAAUUGGCGCUGUCCGCCAAUGGAACCAAACAAGAUUGGUUUAGUGUUACAGUAGUUAACAAGUGCAAUCAGCAGCUUGGCAGAGACAGAUCAGACUGCAGUCAUGCUACCAGGAGUCUGAAAAGUCUAUCUUAUGGCAUAAGAAAUUUUAUAAUGGUGAUAAAUAUCUAUUUUUCUGGUCUUUCGAGUCAUUUGCUGAUAUAACUUAAAGGACAAUACAGGCAUAUAAUUUUUAAUUUAUGUUUCUUCAUGCAUAGAGUACAAAGGUCAAUAUUCAUUAAAUCACUCAUUCUUUCAUUAUAUUGUGAUUGCUUUAUGCAUAAGCUGAGUGAAAUAGCGUAAGCUGUGAUGAAUCUUCUGAUGCACUGCCGUUAGUGCAUAUUUGUGAACAAAAAAAGUAAAUGGCAGUCCACAAAAGUCCUAUAUUAGCUAUUAAGACUGUUAUUAAGCUGUGGCACUUCAGUAUAUUGCAGAGCUUAGCAUGUUUAUCUGAUGAUUUUCAUUUUUUGAAAGCUGUAAACCAAUAGAGUGGAAAUGAUUUAGUGUCGCGGAGAGAAUUGUAUAGUUCCAGAAAUGUAAUUAUUAAUCCAGCCAGUUGUUGACUGCAUUAGUAGUAAUGGGUAAAGAAUUCUAAGCUUUGUAUUCACAGGUUCUAAUGUGGUAUACAAUACAAAAUAUGAUAAUUUGGAAUGCGUGACCUGUUUGCUAUUGACACUUCAAAAUUAUUCUUGAAAUGGGUGUGGUAGAUAGUUAAAUAAUUUACUUGUUAUUUGUUACUAUGUAAAAUAUCUUAAAUGUUUCAUGUGUGAAUUGAGUUUGCUCAUCUAGCUACACUUUUCCAGAUUUCUCAAUCACUUCUUGUAACGUUAUCAUUCUCAUACAGAAAAUUGUUUCUGAAUUGCUUCAGUAAUAUUAGCUUAUUUACUUAUCACCAUUCUUUAAGUGAACUUUAAGCUUUUAACAGUUGACCAUUUGUACGGUGCUAAAUUGUACGUGAAGAGUUUCAGGUUUUGUCAAUUGUGCAUUAUCAAACAUUAAGCAUAAAUGUUUGUAAAUCUCCAAGAAAUUUUUGACUGUUAUAACUAGGGCUUAACAUUUCAUUAUAAACAUUAAUUAUGAAAUCUGAAUGACUAUCAAAAUCAAAGUGUCAUAAAAAUAAAGAUGAUAGAAUUUUGACCAUAAAAAGAGAAUAUGGUGGCAGAGCUAACAGGAACUCUAAGAAGUUAGUUUUGAAUAAAUUGCCCAUGUAUGCGCGGGUGUGUGAGAGCAUGCGCGGGCGCAUGCGUUUACAUCAAUUAAAAGUUUAUAUACUGUUCAUAGAACAGUGGCCAGUUAGAGUUGUGUGUUUUAUCUUGAUGGUGUGUGUUUCAUAAUGAGUGUAAGAGUACAUGGAAAAGUGAUUUGAAAAACAAAUUAUUUCAACAUAAAAAAUUAGUAUCAAACAUCUCAGUUUGUGCAGUAUGAAGAAAACUUCCCAUGUUGUUGCUACAUUAUUAUUACCACAUUCACUGUAAUAUUUAUGGAUUCACACAUGACAUUAAAAUUGUGCUUGAGGUAGAAGUUGUAUAUUACUGGAGUGGUUCCUCAACAUUCUGUGGUCAAUAACUUUUUGGUCUGUUCGAAUUGUGCUUGCCUUUUGUGAGCAUUGGCUACCCCAUUUCCUUUAGACAUAAUGUACCUGCUUCUCGCCAUUUUUAUACAUAGUAUGCAAGAAAUUCUUUCUCAUACGAACUUUCAUGUGUGCGCAGAAUUUGUUGAAAGUUUUUCAUGGGAAGGUCAUACGCCUUCCUCAAAUACAUCAACAUAUAUUCUACCCAGAGUUGCUAUGUAGGUAGAACAAAACUUACCAACAAUUGUUUAGCACUUUACACUUAUGUGUAGUCCUCAGGCAACUGAACUUAAUACAAAUUCCUUAAAUUUCAGUAAUAAUGAAGAGUAAUCAAAGAUUUUUAAAAAAAAUUUGAGUUACAUUCUUUGCCUUCUAGAAUUCACAAUCUUUUACUUGUAAGCAGUUGCACUCCUAAAUGAAACGUUAACCAAAUAUUACAAAAAACCUUAUACUUCCCGAACAGUAACCAUUGUUAAUAUUCAUUUAUGGUCUCAAAUGUCUCCUGUACCAUGGGGAUAUGGCCAGUUUUACUCAUUAAUUACUGAGCAAGUUCAUUUCUAUGUAUGACUUUCUGCUGAUGCUUUGUUAGUAGAAAUUUCUGACUUUAGUUGAUGACAGUUUCCAUGAUGUAGUAAAAUUUUUAAAUACCUAUUAAAAGUUUUGAACUACCAACAUAUCAGCUGUGUGAACAUUAUUAAUAAGCAACUUUUUCACACUUUUUGGAUGUACAUGACAGUUUUUAUUGCCACACGUACAUAUUAACUGGUAUGUAGAGUGAAAUAACGAACAAUGCUUGUAUUGUUCAGUCGCAAAGUAACUUCCCAUGUGGGCAUAAUUUGCUCGUAGUAAAAGUGCUAUCCAAGUAAUAAAAACACACAAUUUUACUGUAUAUAGUUGUGUAUUCAGCUUUCGUGAUUUUUAUGAGAAGUGUGGUGUUAAAAUAAUUGAUUCCUAAUCUCUAGUUUUGUUCAUGGAAACUGAGCAAGAUGGCACAUUGGUCUACUACAGGAACACACACUGGGGAUAACUCGGGGUGCAUAUCUGCAUCCAAUCAUCCAGUCAUUGAGUGAUAAUCUCAGUAUAGGUGAAUAAGUAGGGUUUCUGUGAUUCCAUUGAGUACUUAACGCAAAUGCUUGUGUGGUUCAUUUGCAUAAAUUAUGGAAAAAUUUCCUUUUCUGUUCUGAGCUAGUGCUAGGAUGAUAGUGCCAAGUGACUUAUUACCUUAAUUUCAAAGGGGCACUGAACUUUGAUGUUCCUUCCAUCUCUUUCUCGCAAUUACUCAAUCACAUAAUAGAUGUGUUUCUGACUUCUGUGCCAUGCAUUGCAUAUGACAUCUUAUGACUGUUGUUUGUAUCAGCAGAUAGUCUCAUUUACACAAUGCUAUAUUUUAUCUUUACCCGCUUAUUUUCAAAUUUGUGAUAUUGUACAACAUAUGGAUUUCUUACUGAACCUGCUACCUCUGCAACCUUUCCAUAUUUCCCUUCCCGUUUUUCCUGUUUUAAUGUUGAAAUAGGAAAUGUUGGAUGCAAACUUUGUAUUUCAUUAAUGAGCAUAUUUCUGUUGACCCAGUCACAAUCUUCUCUGUUUACAAAUAAGUAAAUUUUUGUGUCAUCAUUUGUUUUUAUCUGUGAAAUCAUAAUGUGGCAAUAUUAAGCACUUCAUUUGCAAAUUUAAUGAAUUUUGUAUGUGAAACAUAAGACAGCAUGCAGAGAAUUUAUAAAUUAUGUGUGCUCUUUUUGCCAUUGUGGUAGAGAUGUGCCUUAGGAGGGUUUCUGUCUGAAAUCAAAUGCAAAAUUACCUGCUCUUGGUUACUAUUCAGUACCCAUACAGUGUUCAUCAUGCAAAAUUAUAAACGAAGUGACCUAUACAGUACUAGUUCAGCUAUAAAGUUUAUCGAAUUUUUCUACGAAAAUGUGCAACCAUGAUUUUUGUUGUGUUUUCUCAAAUGUGAUACCUCGUUUGGGACUCUGUAUGCAGCUUUGUACAUACAAUCAACUUUUCACACCUUUUGGAUGUAUGCAAUAUAUUUUUUAUUGCUACACUUGCAUAAUAAUCCACGUGUAGAAUGAAAUGAUUAAUAACAUUUGUAUUAUCCAGUUGAAAAGUUACUUGGUAUGUGGGCAUAAUUUACUCGUAGUAAAAGCUCUAUCCAGAUACUGAAAACGUGCAAUGUUCCUGUGUAUAGUUGUGCAUUCAACUUUUGUGACAGGUUAUGAAAUAUGUGGUGUUCAAAUAAGUGAUCCUUAAUCUUUAGUUUUGGCCAUGGGAACGGAGCAAAAUGGCAUGUUAGUCAGCUACAGGAACACACAUUGGAGAGAAGUGGUAUUGCAAAUCUCCAUCCAAUCAUUGUGAGAUAAUUUUGUGAUAGAUGAAUAAAUAUGAUUUCCGUGAUUCCAUUAAAUACUUAAAGACAAGUGCUUGGAGGGCUGGAAACAUUUCCUACUUUAUUCUUGUCAAAGUAAGCUAGUGCUCAGUGUCUCAUCACCUCUGUUUCAAUGGGGGCACUGAACUUUGAUGUUCCCUUUGUCCCUCUCUCUUCUUCAGAAUUAAUCACAUAAUAUGUGUGUUUCUGACUUUUGGCAUCUCUUGACUGCUACUCUGUGUCAGCAGAUAGUCUCUUACACUUUACUACAUUACUUUAUGUUCACCAGAGUUUUUUCAUUACUUGUGAUGUUGUGCAGAGUAACUUAUGGGUUUCUUAUUGAAGAACCUGGUCCCUUUGCAAUAUUUCCAUGUUUUCCUUCCCAUUUUUCCUUUUUUAGUGUUGAAGUAGGAGACUUUGAAUGCAAAAACUUGUAAUUAAUCAAUGAAUGUGUUUCUGUUACCCAGUCACAAUUGUAUCUGUUAACAAAUAAGUAAAUUUUUGUGUCUUCAUUUGUGUCUAUUGUAAAAUCAUAAUGUGGAAAUAUUAAGCAUUUCAUUUGCAGAUUUAAUGAAUUUUGUGUGUGAAACAUAUCAGUCAGCAUGCAGAGAAUUUAUAAAUUUUCUGUGCUCUUUUUGCCAUUGUGGUAGAUACGUGCCUUAGAAGGGUUUCUCUGUGGAAUCCAGUGCAAAAUUAUCUGCUCUCGGUUAUCAUUCAAUAUCCAUAUAUUGUUUGUCAUACAAAAUUAUAAGCAAAGUGACCUAUACUAGUUCUGCUAUAAAGUUAGUUGAAUUUUUCUAUGAAAAUGUGCAGCCAUAAUUUUUGUUGUUGUUGUUGUUGUUUUUUUAAAUGUGAUACCUCGUUCGGGACUCUGUAUGCAGCUUUUGUACAUAUUGUGUGCAUAGAGGACAGCAGUAUGAUCUGUAUAUUUACUAAAGACACUAAAUAAUUGAAUGUAAGGUACAUUGGAAUAAAAAAAGUGAACUGAGA